AUGGAUUUUCCCAAUUCCCUCUCGACUCCUAACAUCAAAGAUCGAAAUGAAUUCUACGUUAGGGCCGUUUCACGGUGGCCGAUGGAAAACAAGCCGGCCACGACCAUGCCGGUUCGACCGGCCGGUGUUAGGCCUUAUGUUAGGUCGAAAAUGCCUCGAUUGAGAUGGACACAGGAUCUUCAUCAAUGCUUUGUGCGCGCUGUUGAGCGACUCGGUGGAGAAGACAGAGCAACUCCAAAAAUGGUGCUGGAGUUGAUGAAUGUGAAGGGGUUAACAAUUACUCACGUAAAGAGUCACCUUCAGAUGUAUAGAAGCACAAAGCAUGAACAUAUGUUACAAGAGGCAGUUGAAAUCUUGGUGCCUAACGUAGGGUUUAUUGUUGCAGAUGCAGCUGAAGCUGUGGGCAAGAGCUCCGACAGAAAUCAGAUGAAAGGAACACUUUUCUGCCAUUAUCAUACUCCAAUCAAGAAUCAAGAAUGUCCCAAUGAGGAAAUUCAGUGGCUCUUAACUAUAUAUGCAUUAUAUUUCCGGGGUGGUGAGAAGAAACAAAUGUUGGCAGAAGUGCAGGAUGGUAAGAGUUUCAAGUGGCUUCCAAAUUCCUUGGCAGAAGAAUCUGUGGGUACUUUGCCUUUGAAAUUAGCUUUAGAAUCAUCCAUCUCCACAGACGGUGCCAAAGAUGUUUCUCUUGAGCUGACUCUUGGUUCAUCUGUAUCACAUAAAGAUAACUUAUUAAUUAGUCAAGAAUUUAAAACCUAUGUAAACUUGGUUUUUCAUGCAGGAAGUAUUUAUUUGAAGUGA